ACCACAUGCUUUCAGAAAGUUCCAUUUAUCUACCCACAAAGUUUAAUGAUUAGUGAUUUUGACACAGCACCAAUAUCUUCUUCAUCAUACAAAAGAAUAAAAAAAAAAUCAUAGUGUACUAUGAACAUUCACUAUAUUUUCCUUAAAAAUUCAGUACCUUUCUGCAAUUCUCAGAGGACUAAAAUCCAUUACUCUUACACUUUUGAGACCCCUUUUAGUACAAAUGGAUGUAGUAACUUUUGACAUAAUAAUAGGAAUAAUAAUACUAUUCUUCUGUGCUGUUUGUGUAAUCACCAUAGAAGGCACUUGCAAGAACCGCUCUUCUUGAUUUCUAAUACCCUUUAUCCAAACACGCCCUUAUCAUCUUACCCUUCCAUAAAUUUAGGGUUUUUCCCUGAUUUUGUUCUUGCCCAAAUUGACAAAAUGUCGAAAAUUGAUGCUUUGGUGAAACAGAUCUGCUUCUUCUUGAUUGUUUCUACUUCUUUAUGGGUAGUGAUUUUUGGGUCUUCUGUAGAAGCGAAGGUUCUAGAAGAUUCCAAGCAGGAAUUUCAUCAGUGUAAUCAUGGUCAUGGUCAUCAUGGCGAUGAGGGGCAUCAUCAUCAUCACCAUGAUCAUGAUCAUGGGUCGAGUGGAGUUGACCAGAGGAAGCUUUUAGAGGAAUUGGCUGAAGAGGAGGAUCUGAAACUGUAUGGAUUUGGGUCUCAUGGUAAUAUAGAUGAACAUCAUCAUCAUCAUGAACAUGGAGUCAAGGAUCUUACUGGUCUUGGUCUAUGGGUCAAUGCAAUGGGUUGCUCACUAUUGGUGAGCUUGGCUUCCCUUAUCUGCCUGAUUCUUUUGCCUUUAAUAUUUAUACACGGGAAGCCGUCAAAAGCAGUUGUAGAUUCUUUAGCGUUAUUUGGGGCAGGAGCCAUGCUGGGGGAUGCUUUCCUUCACCAAUUGCCACAUGCUUUUGGUGGUGGACACUCCCACUCACAUGAUGACCAUCUUCAUGAUCACUCUGGUCAUUCACACGCCCAUUCAUUGGAGGAUCUUUCUGUUGGAUUGUCCAUUUUGGCUGGAAUUGUGCUCUUUCUUAUUGUUGAGAAGCUUGUGAGGUAUGUUGAAGAUUUUUCUGGAGGAGUCAAUGAACGGAGUCAUGGUCAUCACCAUCAUCAUCAUUUGCACUACACAAAAUUGAAGGAUGAUAAUGAUGCUGAUGACAAUCUCCAGGAACUGUCUCAGGAGAAAGAAGGAAGUUUAUCAGAAAAGGCAGCUGGAGGGAGUAGAGUGGAUGGAGUGUCUGCUGACUCUCCCAAUGGGGAGAAACCAAAUGGAGGAGCUAUUCUACGGAAGCUAUGGCAGAGGAAUACUGGCUCCAUUGCUGUUGAAGACAAUAUUGCUUUAGAUGCUGCAAAUUGCUCUACCAAUUCUACAUCAACUGGAGAGGAACAGGCUAAACCACGUUCAAGCCUUGUCUUUGGUUAUCUCAACCUCUUCUCCGAUGGUGUUCACAAUUUUACUGAUGGGAUGGCUUUGGGAAAUGCAUUCCUCCUUCAUGGAUCAGUUGGUGGGUGGUCAAGAACUUUGUUUCUUCUCGCACAUGAGCUCCCUCAAGAGAUAGGUGAUUUUGGAAUCUUGGUAAGGUCUGGGUUCAGCGUCUCCAAAGCUCUCUUCUUUAACUUCUUAUCUGCACUAGUGGCACUAGCCGGAACUGCACUGGCAUUGACAUUGGGACAAGAUUCUGGUCAUUCGUCAUUGAUUGAGGGAUUCACUGCUGGCGGUUUCAUCUACAUUUCGGUUGCUGGAGUGUUGGCUGAAAUGAAUAGUAGUGGCAGGACGACGUUAGUGAAUACAGUAAUCCAACUUAUCUCGCUGGUAUCAGGGAUGGCUGUUGCUCUUUGCAUCUCUCUUAUUGAAUGACGGUAUACGCUACUUCUUGUGUUCAUAGAGAGGAGAGACGGUUGUCGUUUCCCCCCACAGGGAUGAGAACAGCCUUCGGGUGUUUACCGUUUACGACACAUCCGGCCAGACAAAACACAUAUAUUAAGACUAGUGUUAGACAUCUUGAAUAUUUAUAUAAAUCUACAGGCAGGGGAAA